AACACUUUUACAAAUGACUUGUUCGGGUGUCGUUACUAAUUAAAUUCUACAUAUUCAAUGAUUUAUUUUUAUAUUUAACGAUUCGAAGAAAUGACCUGUGUUUAUGUUCCAAAUUGUCCCAAAAUGUCAUCAAAUUAUAUCUAGUGUACCCCCUCUAGGUCCGCCACUGCUUAUGGAUUACUCAUAAAAUAUCCCAAAAUCAUUUCAGGUACUGUAACCAUCUACCUUUGUGAACAUAUAACAGAAUAAAAUCAACCAUUUUGCAGUUCGACAUAUUAUUCGUUACCAGUUUGUGUAUUGUAUAUUAAACGGUUUUCAGAACCAAAUUGUUGAAUCGACUGGACUAAAUAAAGUGUUUGUUACUGUUAAAUUGAAGAAGAUAUAUUUGGUGUACCAUAAAAUACUUCAAAGGCUCAAAAACUCAUUCCAAAAAAACUGUUGUCAAGGACGAAGAAAAGAUGAAUGCUAUUCACGAUCCUGAUGUCAAUUUCAGAAACGAAUCUGAGGUUAAAGAGUAUGUUAAAGAAAUAUACAGUUUCCUCAGAAAGAAAGAAACGGAACUUCCCAUUCGAAAGAACUUCCUGGAUGGCCACAGAACGAAUCCUACGAUGCGGGCUAUGCUUAUUAACUGGUUAGUAGCAGUCCAUACAUGCGCCAAAAUGAUUAUCGAAACUCUCCACAUCUGCGUAGCGAUUGUGGAUAGAUAUUUACAAGAUCACAGGAGAGUAGGGCGCAAAAAUUUCCAGUUGGUAGGUAUAGCAGCCAUUCUAAUAGCCUGCAAAUAUGAAGAAAGGCAUCUUCCGGACAUCAGAGAUUUGGAACAGGCUUGUUCCUAUAAAUAUUCUGGGAGGCAGAUAUUGGAGAUGGAGAGCAACAUAUUGAAGGCCCUGAAUUUUAAUUUGGGCCGACCUUUGUCUCUCAAUUUUUUGAGGAAAUAUAACAAUAUUUCUCGGGCCAGCAUCAUUCAUCACACCCUGGGCAAAUACAUCCUGGAGCUGGCGCUCAUGGAAUAUGAAAUUAGCCAUGUCAAGCCUUCUCUCCAGGCUGCUGCGGCUUGCUGUUUAUCCAGGGGUAUUCUGGAUGGGGUUAUAGACUUGUCCACGUUGUGGACGCCUAGUCUUGUAUGCUUCACGAAAUACGUCUAUUGCGACUUCAAAGAAGUAGUAGAGAGGCUGGCGGACAUUUUAGCACACAGUGAGACUUCCCAAUUUCAAAAUAUCAGAGAGAAGUAUGCUCUUGAAGAAAACAGACGAAUUAGUUCAAAUCCGAAAUUGAAGGCUGCGCUGAAUGUGAAGUUUGCAAAAAAGCUGAAAGGAUGAAUAUGUAUGUUUUUCUUCAAUUAUAUAAGUUACAAGUAAUAAGUCAAUAUGAGUAAAUAAAUGAGUGAUCUUGAGUGCUUGUAACUUGUUUGUUCUGUCAUCAGCAGGACAGGCAAAUGGAAGAAAGAGGAACAAAUUGUGCUUCAGUUCUCAUGAGUUCCACUUUGCUAUUUGAAAAGUCUAAUUCACUUUUCGAGACUAAUAAUGACUACGAGAAGAACAGAGAAGGAGUCAUGGAAAAUUUUUUUUCUAGUUUACGUACUCUUAAUUGUUGUUGCUUUGAUUUCUUUAUGUCAUUGUGAUUUCUUUAUUCGACUGAAUACUUUUAAAUAAAGGAAUAAAUUAAGAGUACAAUUUAA